AUGGAAAAUAUAAGUGAUGAAAAUACUCUUGUACCAAAAUACUUGCAACAACAUGACAUAGGCGAAGAAUGUAAGGAGUUGUUAGCCACAUUGCCGGUAGAAAAAGGUUGGAUUUCAAGUCACUUACAUCAAUAUCAAGGAUUUUGGUUUUCUCCAAAGAGACUCCAAGGUGUUUUAUCUUGUCAAAAGCACUUUCAAGCUUUUGAUACUGAUAUUCUCUUAAUCACUUGCCCUAAAUCAGGCACAACUUGGCUCAAAGCAUUGACGUUUGCUUUGAUAAACCGCAACAAAUAUCCAAAUACUCAUAGCAAUCAUCCUUUGCUCACUACCAACCCUCAUGAUCUUAUUCCCUACUGUGAUAAAGAUUUGAUUCUUGAUCUCCAAACAAUAUCUCCUCCAAGACUCUUCUCUACUCAUUUAUCUUAUGAAUCAUUGCCAAACUCUGCGAAAGACUCAACUUGCAAGAUAAUCUAUCUAAGUAGAGAUCCUAAAGACAAUUUUGUUUCAUUUUGGCAUUUCUCAAACAAGAUAAGAGCAAUAAGUAGUGGAACACUUCCAUUAGAAGAUGCUUUUGAGAGUUUCUGUAGAGGAGUAAGUCCUAUGGGACCUUUUUGGGAGCAUGUAAUAGGAUAUUGGAAGAAAAGUUUGGAAAGUUCAGAGAAGGUUAUGUUCUUGACAUAUGAAGAAAUGAAAAUGAAACCAGAUUUUUAUUUGAAAGAAAUUGCUAAGUUUUUGGAGUGUCCAUUCUCCAAAGAAGAAGAAGCUAAAGGUGUAGUUGAAGAUAUAUUAUAUUUAUGUAGUUUUGAGAAGUUAAGUAACUUGGAAGUCAAUAAAAUCGGGAAAACAACAUCUAAUGAAAUUGAAACCAAAGCUUUUUUCCGUCUUGGUCAAGUUGGAGAUUGGGAAAAUAUUCUUACAACAGAAAUGAUUGAGCAAAUAAACACUAUUACGGAAAAGAAAUUUGCUAAACAUGGAUUGAAUUUUUAA